CUCUUCUGUCAAAAAUGUGGCAUAUCAAAAAACAUAAUCUGUUUUCUAAUGGGUACACGACACUGCAAAGACAUAAUGCAAAACAUUUGCAUAUGUAGUACUAGUGUGUGUGUGUGUUGUGUAUAGUUGAGGCUGCAACAAAGCUACACAUACAAAGCGGCUAACCGUCAGUGAACGAGUCACACAAGAAAACACAACAGUACUCACGCGUCUUCUGGCUUCUUCCACGACCGACUUUAUCCUUUUUGACGUCUAAAGUUGCCCGUACGGAGAUCAAAUAUGCUAUCUGUUAUGACAAAUUCCUCCACAAGGCGUCACUUCUCCGGGUAGACAUGCUAGCUUAAUAUCGAGGAAGCUCCAUAACUGUCCCCGCGACGCAUCUUUGACGACGAUACGUGAUUAGACGCUCCCGCUGCACCGACAAAUGUGAUGUUAAAUCCGGCCAAGUAUGUUUCAGUUCAAAUGGAGCGUGUUUAUGUCUGAAACGUGCACAUGAAGUGGCGAAAAUGACCCGCACAACACGCGGACACUUCAGUGAGUCACUGUUGCUGCCCGAACCGCUACUCUGAGGGGGACACCGGGGGGAAAGAGGAAGAAGAGGUACUUCCUGCUUCGAAGUGACGUCGCACUUUACAAAAUACAGCCUCACGUCGCUUUUAUUCAUUUUCAAGACGGUAAUAAAACGUAAACAACUAAAUCAUAUGCUUAUAUUUGCUUAAAAUUUGUAAAAUAUCUUAAAGGAAUCACUACAUUAUGCGACAAGUGUUUGGCUAAACGCAAACCAAACCGGAUGUUAGCUUGAUAGUUUUAUCUUGCUUUGAACUUUAUGCCCAUACAAACUCAAGACUUCACACUGGAUGUGAAAAUUGCCUUUUAAAGAUGAACGUAAAGAAAGUAGUCCUCAACUCCAGACCAGGGUCAAAUGGAAUUCCGGUUCCUGCAAACUUCCGCCUGGAAGAGACAACCAUUGCACACGACCUGCAAGAGGAGGAGGUUCUAGUUAGGACCCUUUAUCUCUCAGUGGACCCCUACAUGAGAUGCAGGAUGAAUGAAGACACGGGUGCUGAGUACCUGACUCCCUGGCGGCUGUCGGAGUGUAUGGACGGCGGAGGGGUGGGUGUGGUGGAAUCCAGCCGACACGGUGCUUUCCGCGAGGGAGACGUGGUCACGUCCUUCAACUGGCCGUGGCAGAGCCGUGCUGUUGUGGCAGGAAGCGUACUACAGAAGGUGAAUCCAUCCUUGGUGGAUGGACAUAUUUCCUACUUCCUGGGUGCGGUUGGCAUCACGGGUCUGACUGCGCUGUUGGGAAUGAGAGAGAAGGGUCAUGUGACCAAAGGUACCAAUCAGACGCUGGUGGUCAGCGGAGCAGCUGGAGCGUGCGGCUCGAUAGCGGGCCAGAUUGGCCGCCUGGAUGGCUGCACCAGGGUGGUCGGGAUCUGCAGUUCUGAGGAGAAGUGUAAAGUUCUGGUGGAAGUGUUGGGCUUUUCCAGCGCAGUCAACUAUCGGGAACAAGAUGUCGCCGCGGGGCUGCGGGAGUGCUGCCCCGAUGGUAUCGACGUUUACUUUGACAACGUGGGAGGAGUCAUCAGCGACGCGGUCAUCGCUCAGAUGAACGAUGGCGGCCAUGUUGUCCUGUGUGGGCAGAUCUCUCAGUACAACAAGGACGUACCCUACCCGCCACCCCUGAGCCAGGAAAGCCAGGAGAACCUUGAGAGGAAGAAGAUCAGCAGGGAGAGGUUCAUGGUGCUCCAUUACAUGAACAAAGCCGAUGCUGCCCUGGCCGAGCUCGCUCACCUGGUCACCGCCGGACACGUCAAGGUGCUGGAAACCAUCGAAAACGGCAUUGAAAAUAUGGGAGUCGCCUUCUGCUCCAUGAUGAAAGGCGGGAACCUAGGCAAGCAGAUUAUCAAGCUACGCCAUUGAUGACACAAAGCGCUAGAUUGUAUAGAACGUUUUUAUUCCACAGCACUAGAAACCAUUCAUUGGAAGAAAAAAAAAACAAAAAAAAAAACGUGGUUGCGCCCUUUUUUUCAGUCCCAAACGCCCCCAUUCGUGUGUGUGAUUGAACAGCAGCGUAUCGUCAAAGCACAGUGGCUGAAGGUUUAUUUAUUGGAAAGGGUCAUCAUCAUUUGGGGAGGGAACUCGUGUACUGUUGGUGCGUCUUGUCCAGCAGUGCCCCCCGCAGGGAAGAUGGGGCAUCACCGGGGUGUUUCCCACAGGACUGACAUGUAUUUGUGGCGGUCUACUUGGAUUUAUUAUGGCUUCACUUUAUCACGUUUUUUUUUGUUUAAAAAAUAAAUCAAAUCUUGCUGAUUCGUGGUUGACUAUGGCCUAAAAUUAAUCAAAAGAUUAAUGAAUGAAUGAAUUUUUAUUUUAAGCAAAUUCAAUGUAUUUUUUUGUUUAAAAAAAAGUCAUUUGAAGCAUUCAGAAGAAGUAUUGAGAAAAUGAUGCUAUUAUACGGCACGGUGGUUGAGUGGUUAGCGCGCAGACCUCAGAGCUAGGAGACCAGCGUUCAAUUCCACCCUGUGUGGAGUUUGCAUGUUCUCCCCUCCCACAUUCCAAAAUGUGAUUGGCCGGGGUGGACUCCGCCUCUCGCCCCAAGACAGCUGGGAUAGGCUCCGGCACCCCCCCCCCCCCCCCCAACGGACUAUCGUGAUAUUAAUAUGAGGCUGCACGGGGUUCGAGUGGUUAGCACGCAGGCCUCGCAGUUAGGAGACCCCGUGUUCAAUUCCACCAAUUGCAUGUGUGGGUUUUCUCCGGGUACUCCGGUUUCCUCCCACAUUCCAAAAACAUGCUAGCUUCAUUAGCCACUCCAAAUUGUCCAUAGGUAUGAAUGUGAGUGUGAAUGGUUGUUUGUCUAUAUGUGCCCUGGGAUUGGCUGGCCACCAGUCCAGGGUGUACCCCGCCUCUCGCCCCAAUACAGCUGGGAUAGGCUCCAGCACACCCCCGCGACCCUCGUGAGGAAAAAGCGGUAGAAAAUGAAUGAAUGAAUUAUCAAUAUAAUAUAUAAUUAAAAUAAAGUAUAGACAGCUGGGAUAGGCUCCAGCACCCCCGCGACCCUCGUGAGGAAAAAGCGGUAGAAAAUGAAUGAAUGAUCAAUAUAAUAUAUAAUUAUAAUAAAGUAUAAAGACAGCUGGGAUAGGCUCCAGCACCCCCCAUGACCCUUGUGAGGAAACAGCGGUAGAAAAUGAAUGAAUGAAUGAUCAAUAUAAUAUAUAAUUAAAGUAUGAAG